AUGUACAGUCAGCAGCAAUACUUCAAAGUCCGGAGCCUGCGAGGCCCAACAGUAUUAAUCUGUGUGCUUGCCAAUCGAAAGAGCCGUUUGGUCGGCUCGGGAGCCAAGUUUGAGGCUCGGGCGGGGCUUGGGGCGCCAUGGCGCACAAGUCCAACCCCUACAAGAAGGCUCGCUCGAAGUUCCGCUGGAAGUGGAAGAAGAAGCGCACGCGGCGCUUGCAGAAGAAGCGCCGAAAGAUGCGCCAGCGCUCGAAGUGACGGGCAUGUGAGGCGCGAUGCGGUGUUGUUGCAGGGAGACUUCACGAUGGUGGGCUUCCUGUCGGAUGCGAGUGCUGACCCAUCUAGUGCUGAAGUGAUUCAUCUGCAUGUCCUUCCAGGACCCAGUGGAUGA